AUGGAUUCUUCAACUUCUCCAACCCGUUUAAGCCCUGCUAAUCAUGACGAUGAAGAAGUUAUUGUGUAUUUUGGACGUCUGCAACCAGGAAAAGAUGGCACUUCCCGGCAGUUGGCACCCACCGCUGAUGCUCAAAGCAACGACGACGACGCCCUACUGUCAGACAAUGAUUCUGACACUUUCAGCGUCUUCUCGUUUAAAACACAGGAAGAAGGUGUCCCUAUUACUACUACAAGAUCCAAGAAGAUCAAGAGUGUUCCGUGUGUUUUGGGUGAAGACAACUUUGCUACUAAACACAGCAUCUGGGGUUGUCCACGCUUCUUCAUGACUACUUCAGAAGGAGAGAGAGGCGUGAGUAAUGAUCAGAAUCUCAUGGAUCAUCAACAUAGAUCUAAUCACUUGAGCCACCAGUUCAGCAGCAGACCACUCCCAUGUGCUGAUCCAACGAGGAUUCCUAGUUUCCGGCCUAAUCAAGGAAGGAGGCAGCAGUUCCCACAGGCCGGACCUGAUCUUGAUGUAAACCUCUUGGAAGAAAUUAUCAAAGGGGAUGAUAGCGAGGAGAAGGAGAGUUUGGUUUCUAUACUUGAAGACUCGGUAUUCACGUUGAUGUUGAGUACACGGCUGCAUUGUCUCUACACCAUGCUCAUUGAUGCGUGCGAAGGCCACCAGUUGGAUUCACUGGUUGAGAGGGUCUUGUCGCGGGGCAAAUACUUUCUAAGUGCAGCAUUCGCCAAACAAGGAGCAAGUUCAAUCAUCAAACUCAUCAAAAAGGUGAACAAGUCAUUGCCUCAUGCCAUGGCUAUGACACGAGUUUUGUCCACCAGAUUCAUGGAUAUAAUGACUCAUCCUACGGCCAGGGAUGUCAUUCUGCAAUGCCUAAUCCUCUUUCCAAGGAAGCCUAAUGAGGUGCUCUACGAAAAAGUAAUACUGCAUUUCCAAGAUUUGGCCAUACACGAAGUUGGAUGCAGAUCAUUGAUCGACUGCAUCGCCCUCAUUCAUGGAGAUCAAAGAGUUAGACUUAUCAAUAAGAUAGCAGAUGUAUCGGAUUAUCUUUCAUAUGAUCGACACGGGAACUUCGUCGUACAAAAUCUCCUAGGCCUUAAAAACAAGGGGAUUACCAAGAAAAUAACAUGUUGCCUGCAAAAUCAGUUUAUGGGAUUGGCGGUGAGAAAAGAAGGAUGCCUUGUGGUAGAGAAAUGCAUGGAAGCUUCGGACGAUGGGAUUAUCGCAGUGGCUAAGAAGAUAAUAGACUGUCGGAGAGGAGCUGUUCGACUUGCUCGAAAUCGGUUUGGGAAUUAUGUGAUUCAAGCAGUAUUAGAGAAGACUAAGGAGCGCGGUUUCAAUAGUCUUUAUGAUGCUAUAGUGAGACAGCUGGAGGCUCGUUGCAGAGCAUCAAUUGGUCGGACGCAGGGCGGAAUAAGAUCAACUCAGGAUGCAUAUAUAAGAGAUCAGUCUAGUUUGCAUGAAUGGAUUAUUAUCUUUAUGUAG